UGUUAUACAUUUUGGCAGCAAUUUCGUAUGAGCUGUAGGCACAUAAUACAUAAAUAACAUAAUCAUCUAUGUUAUUUGAUAUUUUUCUUUAAAAACACAUUUUUAAUUUUUUUAAAUACGUGCAUAUAAAAGUAGAAUAUUUUAAUACCGAAAUAUAUAUCUUGAUUGUAAUUUUGCAUAUUUGGUGAAAGUGAAACUAAUUCCUAGUAUAUACUAAAGUUUCCGCCCUUAAAUGUGUAUAACAAUAUAUGAUGCGCGAAGUAUACAUGUUUUUAAAAAAUAAUUAAGAGUUAAAAAAGAGUUCAAGAAAAUUUGUAAAAAAGUUAUUAAUUUUAUAUUUGUUACAAUAAAAAGUAUAAAAAAUGGCUGAAUCGACAAAUAAUGGUGGAAAUACCAAUGCUAAUCCAAAUGCAGAAAUUAUCAGAGGGCAGGUGUUCGAAGUUGGUCCUCGAUAUAAAAAUUUAUCUUAUAUAGGCGAGGGGGCCUAUGGAAUGGUUGUAUCUGCUUUGGACACUGUUACAAAUCAAAAAGUUGCAAUUAAAAAGAUUUCUCCUUUUGAACAUCAAACGUAUUGUCAGAGAACAUUACGAGAAAUCAAAAUCUUAACAAGGUUCAAACAUGAAAACAUAAUAGAUAUAAGGGAUAUUUUACGUGUAGAUAGCAUUGAACAAAUGAAGGAUGUAUAUAUUGUACAGUGUUUAAUGGAGACUGAUCUAUACAAAUUACUUAAAACACAGAGAUUAAGUAAUGAUCACAUAUGUUAUUUUCUAUACCAAAUUCUAAGAGGACUAAAAUACAUUCAUUCUGCAAACGUUUUGCACAGGGAUCUAAAGCCCAGUAAUUUGCUGUUGAAUACGACUUGUGAUUUGAAGAUUUGUGACUUCGGCUUGGCUAGAGUUGCAGAUCCAGAACAUGAUCAUACAGGUUUUUUAACUGAGUAUGUUGCAACAAGAUGGUACCGCGCACCGGAAAUUAUGCUUAACUCGAAAGGAUAUACGAAGUCCAUCGAUAUAUGGUCAGUGGGAUGCAUUUUAGCAGAAAUGUUAAGUAAUCGUCCCAUUUUUCCUGGAAAACAUUAUCUUGAUCAAUUGAACCAUAUCCUGGGCGUAUUAGGUUCGCCAUCACAAGAAGACUUAGAAUGUAUUAUAAAUGAAAAGGCCAGAAGUUAUUUACAAUCUUUACCUUAUAAACCAAAAGUACCAUGGAAUAGACUAUUUCCUAAUGCUGAUCCCAAGGCACUAGAUCUGCUCGAUAAAAUGCUUACAUUUAAUCCGCAUAACCGAAUAGCUGUUGAAGAUGCGUUAGCUCAUCCUUAUUUGGAGCAAUAUUAUGAUCCGGGAGAUGAGCCUGUUGCUGAAGAGCCAUUCCGAAUCGGAAUGGAAUUAGAUGACUUGCCAAAAGAACAUUUAAAAAGACUUAUUUUUGAGGAAACCCUCAAGUUUAAAGAAACAUUUCCAGAUCACAAUAACGUGUAAAAAAUUAUUCUAAAAAUUGAAAAAAAAGACGUAUUUAAAAAAAUUAAUUUCAAAAAUGUUUAUAUGACAUAAAAAUACAAUUGUAAAGUAAAAAUAAAAUUUGAAAAAUUUAAUUGAAAGAAAACCCUAAUUUGUGAUUGAAUGCUCUUUUUUCAAAUUAUAAUGGUAAAUUUAAUUUUUUUCCUUUUUAAAUUUUUCCCUUUAAGCACAAUUAUGUACUUAUGCACAAAAAAAAAAAAGAUAAUAUAAAAAAAUUAAGAUAAAAUAGAAUCAAGUGUAAAAUUGUGACUUAUAUAUGUAUAAAGAAUAUUUUAGAAAAUAAAGUAAUUAAAAUAUGUGAUUUGAAUGUUAAUAUCGACAUUUAAAUAAUUGUGAAUUUUUUCAAUUUGUAUUUUUCUGAUUGUUCAUUUUUCGAUUAAAUGUUAAUUUCUUUGAGCA